UGUACACUGGGCUCGCGCGCAGGCAGUCUGGGUCAGGCCAGACCCGGUUCUGGAUUACUUCUGUGUAAGAGGGGAGACAUAAAAAAGUGUCGUUCGUUAAGUAUGAUUGUGUUGGUUAUAUAUAUAUAUUUUUUUUUUUGACUAAAGCAAGAUAAUUGGAACCCCUUUAGGCGUUUCAAAGAUACACAUUAUUUAUCUAUUUAUUUAUUUGUUUAUUUGUGAGCAGCUUGACUUGCAGACUAAACCCACUUUGUCAAGAUUUUGGUACAAAAACAGAAAUUUGGACACACCGGGCGGUCUGCGGUCCCACCGGCAUCACGCAGGAGAAUGUGGCGCCUGCUGCUGCUUUGUUGCUGCGCUCGCGCGCUCACUGCUCUGGCGGCGGAUGGAAGUCAGGACUCGUCCCCCCCGGUAAAAAUGACCGAGAAUGGGGGCGAGAUGCAGCCCACCGCCGAGCCCCUGGAGGAAGAACUGGACAACCAGGAGAACAUUAUAAGCCAGCUGCUGAAUGAUUACGACAAAGUAAAAACAGUGUCGUCAGGGUCGGACUGCGUGUGUCGCUGUGUCGUUCGACCAAUCAAACGCUCGGAAUGCAGUCGUAUUGGAGAGCGCGACUCACCGUCGCUGUCCCAGGAUUUCUACUCUGUGGAGACAAUCACCAAGGGGACGGACUGCAAGAAGUGUGAGUGCAUGGCUCCACCUUCAGCCGUAAACCCCUGCGAGGGGGAAUACAGGUUCAAAAAACUACAGGAAGCAAGCAAAGAUGACAUUAAGCUGGCUACCAUCAUUGACCUGCUGGAAGGCUCUCUUUAUGGGAUUGACCUGCUGAAGCUCAACUCUGUCACCACCAAACUGCUGACUCGAGUGGACAACUUGGAGAAGGUUUUCAGACCAAAUGUUACUGAAAGAAGCAAAGACAAAGAUCGCAUGAAGGAAAGGCCCAAAGAAAAAGAUAAGAAGGCCCAGCAGAAGAAAAAGAAGAUGAGCGAUUUGGAGCAUUCUGGGCCUAAAAGUGGAACAGCUGCAAACACAGACAAGCAGAAGAACAUUGAAGGGAAGAAAAACCAACAGCUGGACGGUUUGGAGAUCCAGCAGGAAAUCAGGAAUGAGACGAGGGUUCAAAAGCCAGUCAAAGACAAGAACACAGUUCUUGUCAAAGGUGUGACCUUUUAUAAAACAGAGGAUGGGAUCUAUAAGGAGGAAGAGGAGCGUAAGAAAGGAAAAGCAAAGAAUACGAUUUUGGCCAAAAAUGCAACAGAAGACCUACUGAUUUCUGAAAGGCAGCAACUUCCCAGAAGUCCAGAGCUUUCUGUCACAAUUCACAAACAAACAACCCACACUCAUCAUGUCAAAACGCAGAGCAAUUCUUCACCUAAACCUCAACCUAUACCAACCACCAAACCAGCCGAUGACCUCAACUCUGCAGUUCCUGAGGUGUCUAGUCCUCAAACUGCAACUACAACUAUCCAGCCCUCCUUGUCUGUCUGGUUGCAGACCAUUGCCUCCUCAAGCACCAAUAUCAGCCCACCAACUGCUGCAGCUGCUACUGCACCGCCUCAGUCAAAAUCCCGGAGUCGACUCAGCUGGACAGAGAGCCCAGCGGACCAACCAAAGCCCACCAAGAAGCCUGGAGUAUGUAAGGAUACUGUAGCUAGUAUCUCUGAACCGGUCCAAAAACACUCGUACGGCUUAAGAGAUGGCACCUGGAUGAGAGAUGCUCGUGGCCAUGGCAACGUCAUCUACCUCACUAAUGGUCACUAUGGCAACAUUUUGCUGGAGUUUCGUGACAUGGAAUCUUUUAAAUCAGGUCAGAAGAGUAAUUCCUACAAUCUCCCGUACAGUUUCACUGGAACGGGCCACACUGUCUUCAAUGGAGCCUUUUACUACAACCGUGCUUUCAGCAGGGAUGUGAUUAGAUACGACCUGAGACACAGACUGGUGUCUGCCUGGACAACGCUGCACGACGCCUUGCUGGAGGAGGAAGCUCAUAAGACACAGACUGAGGUGGAGUUUGCUGUGGAUGAGUUGGGUCUUUGGCUGCUCUACCCCGCUCUGGACACAGAGGGCUUCCACCAGGAAGUGAUCCUUCUCAUCCGCCUCCAUCCCAGAGACCUCCAGCCAAUUCAGACCUUUCGGACAGGUCUCCGGCGCGGUCGCUACGGAAACACCUUCCUGGUGUGCGGCGUGCUAUACGCGGUGGAUAGCAUGGAGCGUCACUUUGCCAAUGUGACAUACGCUUUUGACACGCACACACUGACGCACACAGUGCCGAGCUUGGCGUUCACAAACAUGCACACACACACCUCCCAGCUGGAUUACUGCCCACUGGAUAAGAAACUUUACGCCUGGGACAACGGACAUCAGAUGAUGUAUGAUGUCAUCUUUGCUUAUUAACAUGAAUGACUUAAGGAAAAAAUAAUGGUUAAAUUUAUUUAGCAGAGGCUCAAAAUAAUGUCAACAGAAGAAAGAUGGACAAAAAUCCCAGCUGGACAAAUCAUUAAGACUAAUUAGUACAGAGUUUGUUCUUGGAGCGAUUUUCUCAAGACAUUUAAGGGAAUGAAAUAUGUAGAAAAUGAAGAAGUUGAGCCACUGAUGGAUGAAGGAACAUCUAAGUUUUUUAUUCUUGCUUUUUGAACUGACGCAACUAAAAAAAAGUCCCAAAGUGGUUCUAAAAACACAUAAAUUGUCUUUAUGUGAUCGAUCACCAGUUCCCGGAGAUAACCUAAAAAAUCUCUAAAGCGUUGACCUUUAGCCUUCUGCCAAAAUUGACUCUUAACUUAACAUUAAGUUUUUGUUAAAAUUUUCCAAAAACAGACUCACCCGAUGAUCAGAAGAUGAUUUAUCAACCCUGAUCAACAGUGAUUGUGCUCGUCUCCACCACUUGACUUGGGAACCGGUAAUGGGGCUCCCAUGUGGCUGCAUGGUUGUGGAAACUCAUUUUAGAGUUUCUGUGUUAAAUUUAACCCUGUAGAAGUUCUCAACUCAUCAUCAAAGGGUUGAGUGGAGCUCUUGGCUUUUAUGUUAAGAAAGACUUAGAAAUAUGCUUCAAGAAGACACAUCUUUAUUCAUCUAUUCAUUGUUCCCUAACCCGCUUUUCCCUUUUGGGGUUGCCGGAGCCCAUCCCGGCUACUGUUGGGCGAAGGCGGGGUACACCUUUAAUUAGUUGGUCUAAUUGUUUUCUGACACUGAGCGGACCACACUGCAUGGAAAUGUCAUGCAGUUACAGCAGCUGCCCCUCUGGGUGCAGCAUUGGCCAAAAAAAAAGCUCUGAUCAGAAUUAUUUUACAAUUCCAAAAAAAAAAA